AGUUAUCAAUUGGCAAUUGAAGAAUGAAGAGGUUAAAUCCAAUUUACAUCGUUCAAAUUUGAGUUUUUUAUUGUGUGUUAAUUGAUAAGAAAUAAUGGCAGGUGUUUUAUUCGAAGAUAUUUUUAACGUUAAAGACAUUGAUCCAGAAGGAAAGAAAUUCGACAGAGUGAGUCGGCUACAUUGCGAGAGCGAGUCUUUCAAGAUGGACCUCAUUUUAGACAUCAACACCUGGUUGUAUCCUAUGGAAUUAGGUGACAAAUUCCGUCUAGUACUGGCAACCACGCUCAGAGAAGAUGGUUAUCCAGAUGGCUCUGAUUGGAAUCCCCAAGGGUUGGAACAGGAAGGUUCUAGGGCCGACAGUUUUGAAUACGUCAUGUCCGGAAAAGUAUACAGGAUAGAAGGUGAUGAAGCAGCCAAUGAACAGUCCAGUAGAUUGGCUGCAUAUGUUUCCUUUGGAGGCCUACUGAUGAGGUUACAAGGAGAUGCCAACAACUUGCACAGUUUUGAAGUGGAUCAACACAUGUACCUUUUGAUGAAGAAGAUAUUCAUGUGAAUUAAGGACAAGAAAAGAAUUCAAAAAAUUGUAUUAUUUGGUCGUUUUUUAUAAUAAAUAAUCAUUUGCAUAGUAUUCUGGUUAUUACCUCCAGCAUAUUGUGAUAAUAUUUAUGUU